UAUACCCCCGCCGGUGUACACCUUGACGAACAGCCUGGCUAAUCGCGUCCUGGCCCGCUUAGUCACCGACGGUUCGUCCUCGGGGUCCUCUUCGCGCGAUCCCGUCGGAACGCGAACGAACGUUGAGAGAGGGUCGCGGGGUGAUCGACCGGCAGGCGACGACGCUUCGUGUGUUUCCGACGUGCACUUAUCCAAAUUUCACCCUGCGCGCGAAGCGCGGAAGUAGAAACGGAAAUCCGUAAAACGACCAGGAAUAAAGGGACGAACGCGCGUCAUCUCCGUGCCUCCAAACAGUUGAUCUAUUGAGCUAUCGAUCGAACUCGCGAGACGUCCUCGUCCGACACACGCUGCAAUACGAUUUACAUGACGGCUUCAUACGUGCCACGGUGACGUGGUUGAUGAUCGAUGACGACGCGAGUCACGGAGUACUCACGUGGUCGACUUUCCCUCGUUCCACCGCACGCGUGUAUUUACGAUUAAGUUCACUCGGACUGUCGGCGAAACGGCGCGGAGUUUUCCAAGGGCUGGUAAACGGCGACCGCGGUCGAUCGCUUAUAUAGCAGGUAGUACCAUGACACUCGGCAGCCGCCGACAUUCAGAGUGAACUAUGUGCAGGCACGGACUCCUUGACCUCUUAAAGUCAAGCGACGCGACACGAGAAGUAUACCACGCGAGAAGUAUGUGUAAACCGCUCUCGACGACGCGGCCGUGGGUAAGGCUCGCGAGCGACGGUAUAACUCGAGGGGCUUAGCGAUCAAAACCUUUUGCGAUUUCGAGAGGCUCCGUUGUUCGGCUCGAAAAAUACCAUCGAAUCCGUGGCCUUGUACGCGCUUCAUCUCGUUGCUCGUUGUUCAUCUGUCAAGACGCAACGACAAGCGCGUUGUAGUUUCCAACAAGCGGGAUCGCUAUAGAAACUUUAAAGUGCAGGAAGCAGCAGAUUGCGAGCCGCCGAGAAGUCUCUCCGUCUCGCCAUCCAUCACACGAAAACGCUCUCUCUGCAGGCGUUUUCCGCUAUUGGCUACCAAUAAUAAAGAGUGCACCGGAUAUUAUCUACUUAUCUGUAAUCUCAGCAAGUCACCCUAGGAUAGCGGAAACGCAAACCCGCGCGUUUAGUUUUAGCAGCCUAGUGCAUCGAUAUAUGAAUCUACGAGGCUGCUGUCUUUUUUAUUGUGCAGAACUCCAGGCUUCGGGGGUCGCGUGAUUCUAAACGUCUCAAAAAUAAGCACAAUUGCCUGUAUUCAAAAGGAUGCUUUUGAAUGCACACCACACGAGUGUUAAUUGAUAAAAGUGUGAUCGAACGUGAAGUUUGAAAAAAGAUGUCUCACACGAAUUUUCGCUGGCGCUGCGGUAGAAGUUGAGCCGGCGUUCCGAAAUAGCCUUAGAUGCAAUCGCAGUGAUCGAAGCGUCGUACAAAUCGACGAGAUAGGAGAAGAUAAAUCGAGAGGACGGAAUUGGCAACGCGAUAUAUCGCGUAAUCCCUAACGCUGCUCCAAAAUCCUGCUGGUUGGUCGAUCGAUAACAGCGUGGCGAAUAUUGAUCGGCGACAAUCGAGCGCAUCGAGGUGAUCUAGCGAUCUAGCAUGAGGCCGGCGAAAGUAGUACAGGAUCGAAAGGGAUGAUCGAGCAAAGGUCCCAAUGACAUCUCGGCGGGGCGGGAGCGAGGGGAAUAAAAGUCCUCCCAGCCCUCCGAGCAGCGGUUCGGAGGACAAUGGCUUCACGAACCGGCCUCGAGUGGCCGGGCUCUACGUGAAGAACUUGAGCAGAGAGGAGUUAGAUGAGUUGGCCAAGGAGGGAAUUUAUGGGCCCACCGGGAAUCCGAACGACCGGCCCAGAGACGGCGGAAGCCAAAGGAGUCUUGAUAUUCCGGCGAGCAGCAGGGACAGUCAGGAUCAUCUCAGAAGAGCGACUUCCAGAACGCCUCAGCCAUCCCGAAGAUCCGGCGUCGCGGCCCGACAUCGAGAACCCGACGGCAGAUUAUCGGAGAGUUUAACACGGAAGGAUCAUCAUGGCUCGCUCCCGAUCGAAAGAAGUUGGCCGAAACGAAUGGAGGAUCGUCCCGGGCAGGCCUCGCCGGAGAGGUCCGUUCGAGGAUCCUCCGAGUUUCCUACGGGCUGGAAAGAACCGUUCGUACGGUCCAGCGCUGACGCAUCGCCCAGAGGAAGUGCAAUCGACGUGCGGAUCACGGGCGAAGAUCCCAGGCUAGCGGCUGGGCCGCGCCGUUUCGGGGAAGCCACGAGACGCCCUGACGCACCCUCGUCACCCCGCAUCACCUCGUCGACGGAAGGUCUCAGCGAGGAUCGGCGGCAAUCGCCGCCACCGUACGCGGAUCCAAGUCCGCCUAAGUAUACCGAGUACGAGGAACCGAGUUCGCGGACGUCAAAAAUUUGUCCCAUGGCGGAGACGAGAGUCUAUCAAGCUGACGAUAAGGAACGUCCGAGCUCACCGUUGUUGGAAGGGGACAAGGAGUAUCCGCAGGCGAUCGCCGAGUCGUCGGACUCGCGCGCCGACACUGACAAGGCGGACGGAAUUACGAGUCCGUCGGGGACGGAAAAAAUGACCUCACCGGAGUCGAAGAAGAGCGAAUCCCCGCCAAUGAAGAGGAUCGGUUCCCGGACGCAGGAUAGUACGAGGCUGCGACCACCGUUGGCCGGAACCGUCGGCACCUCCGCCGACUCCGGCACUGGCGAUUCCGGAAGCGCGGAGAUUCAGGCGGAUGUCGUGACGCCGCAGGCAGCGUCGGGCGACGUUCUGGACGCCAGGGAGUCCAAGAUCGAGGGUAAAUCGUUCGGCGGUGCGAGGACCCCCAGCAACAAGAGUGGCAAGCAAACGGUUAAGCCGUUCACGAAGGAAAGCAGGUUGGAAAACAAGACUGUGCAAUUAGUACGCGAAUAUGGUUUUCAACCGAAGAGGAAGAUGUCGGUGGAGGAUGGCGCGGUACUGCCAAACAAAUUCGAACCGUUCCCGAACGAUCUCUACGGCAGGCCGUUGGAAGAGAUCGACAAUUUCAUUUACGACGAGACGUUUUGCGUAGUAUCCAAGAGGUUCCGCAAAAACUACAUUCAUAGGUUUACGGCGACCAACAGUUGGUUCAUAUUCUCCCCGUGGAAUCCUAUACGGCGGUGCUGUAUCUUCCUAAGUACGAAUCAGUACUUCGAUUACGUGGUCAUGGCUACUAUCCUUCUUAACUGCGUCUUCCUGGCCAUGACCGAAACCGUCGAGGAAGCCGAAUAUAUCUUCCUAGCCAUAUAUACGGCGGAAAUGGUGAUAAAAUCAAUUGCGAAGGGAUUUAUACUGAACAAGUACACUUAUCUACGGAAUCCCUGGAAUUGGUUGGACUUUGUGGUGAUUACCAGCGGAUAUGCCACUAUCGGGAUGGAAGUCGGAAAUCUGGCCGGUCUCAGGACGUUCAGGGUGUUGAGAGCACUUAAGACUGUAUCCAUUAUGCCAGGUCUAAAAACUAUCAUCAACGCGCUAUUACACAGCUUCAAGCAACUUGCCGAAGUAAUGACGCUGACGAUUUUCUGCCUGAUGGUUUUUGCACUAUUCGCAUUGCAAGUUUACAUGGGCGAACUUAGAAAUAAGUGUGUGAAGCAACAAGAGCCGAAUACUACGCAAGUCGACUGGAGAGAGUGGACUUGGAACUCAUCCAAUUGGGCGUUCAACGAGGACGAGGAGCCGAUCAUCUGCGGCAACGUAACCGGCGCCAGGCACUGCAACGAGAGCUACACUUGUCUCUGCGUUGGCCCUAAUCCAAACCACGGUUACACCAACUUCGAUAAUUUCCUGUGGUCGAUGCUCACAACCUUUCAGCUGAUUACCUUGGAUUACUGGGAGGACGUCUACAACAAGGUGUUGUCGGCGUGCGGACCUAUUAGCGUCACGUUCUUCACGGUCGUCGUUUUCUUUGGAUCAUUUUAUCUACUGAACCUGAUGCUGGCCGUCGUGGCGUUGAGUUAUGAAGAAGAAGCUGAAAUUACGAACGAGGAACGAAGGAAAGACUUGACAGAUCAUCGCGAGGACUCGACGUUCAGUUUCGAUCCGUCGAAAAUCAACAUUAAGACAUUGACGAAAGAUAAACAGAAACGAAUAGACGCCCGUAAAGGGGUCUUGCUGAGCAGUUACACGAGGAAGAAGACGCGUAGAAGAAAGCGCGGCCGGAGCAGCGUCGGCCAGGAGAAAAACGGUGGUGCACGCAGCAGGUCCAUGACGCCCAGUCCGAGUCCAAGUCCCAGGCAUUCCAAUGUGCGGCCUUGCCACCUGCCGCUUCAGAACAUCAGCCCGAGACCGCCGGAACCCAAUACGGUUCACCGGCUUGCGCCAAAUCGGGGUAUGUUGCACUCGAGACAGGCCAGCAACAAUAGCAAUCAACAAUCGUCGUUGGACGACUCCGGAGUGGUGGACGAUCACGACGGCGACGACGUCACAUCCGCCGAGGAGCACGAUAAGCGCGAGUCGCGGGAGCAUCGCGCUGAGAAGUCGCAGGAAAGAUCCCCGAGGGAGCAUGGUAGACACCAAUUGAAUCAGCAGAUGCGCCCGGACUGCCCACCGGCGCCGGUCACCGUGUCGGUAAGAACCGGCAAUCGGGAGAUUCGGGUGCUCAAGUGCAACGGGGUCAAAACCAAGAAACAUAUGUACGCGCUGCCGCCAGAGUACCUGUCGCAUAUUGUAGUUUUAGAGGAUCUUCCAGAUAGAAACUGCGAUAAGUGUAUACAAUGCUGCGUUGAUUACGAAGGAUGGCUAAGAUUUCAAAACUGCUUGUAUAAGGUGGUGAGAGAUCCCUUGUUCGAGCUAAUGAUCACCCUCUGCAUCGUCCUGAAUACCGGCUUCCUGGCGAUGGAGCAUCACGGUAUGAGCGAGUCGAUACGGCAGGCGCUCAACAUCGGCAACAAGGUGUUCACCAGCAUUUUCGCGUUUGAAUGCUUCCUGAAGCUCCUGGCGUUGAGCAAGGACUUCUUCAACAAUGGCUGGAACAAUUUCGAUCUAAUCAUUGUCUCUGCGUCGCUUAUCGACUUAACGUUCGAGCUGGUGGACGGCUUGUCGGUGAUACGCGGCCUCAGACUGCUGCGCGUUCUAAAGCUCGCACAAUCCUGGACGACCAUGAAGGUUCUCCUCAGCAUCAUUAUCUCGACAAUAGGCGCGCUCGGUAAUCUAACCUUUGUACUAGUGAUUGUGAUUUACAUAUUCGCUGUGAUCGGCAUGCAGCUGUUUAGUAAAGACUACAGUCCGGACAAGUUCUAUCCGGAUCCGGUGCCGCGAUGGAACUUCAACGAUUUCUUCCAUUCGUUCAUGAUGAUAUUCCGUAUUCUGUGUGGCGAGUGGAUCGAGCCAUUGUGGGACUGCAUGCGUGCGGAAAGGGACGACGGGCCGAGUACGUGCUUCGCGAUUUUCCUGCCGGCUCUGGUGAUGGGCAACUUCAUGGUCCUCAAUCUCUUCUUGGCGUUGUUGCUCAACAGCUUCAACUCCGAAGAGCUCAAGCAGAAGAAGGAGGAAGUCGGCGAGGAGUCGAAACUUGCGCGUUCGUUCGCUCGCAUACGAUCGAUCAUACGCAAGCAGAAGCAUCGAAAGGAGAACUCCGAGAACGAGAAGAAUAUCCGGCUGGAGCAGAUCGUGCGCGAGGUGAUGGACAAGUCCGACAAGGAGAAGUACGCGAUCCAGGAGACCGUGCUGAGCCUUCCCAAAGACAAUAUUUAUAAUAGAUCGUAUCAAGAGAGUCUUAAUCAGCCGGUCUUCACGUAUGAUCCGAUCUUUCGUCAGGCUACUCUCACUACCUACAGCCAGAGUAGUCAGGAGACGGUCAAAGAGAACAAGAAGCUGACCGAGAAAGGCAACAGCAACGAGACCAAUCCCGAGGAGAGUAUAGAGCUGGAGGUGCUCAAGGACGUCAAUCCGAACGAGGAAGUGGCCAUGUUGCCGGAGGAGAAGCCGGCAAUUCGGAACGACGAGAACAUAGCAAAGCGUCCUUGGCACGCUCUCGUGAGUUACGUUGACGAGCUCACGGUCGGCGGUAGAAGAGACAGUAAGGGAAGGUACAUUGACGGGAUGGGCUCGUUUCCCGGUUUUGGUAGGAACAAGAAGUGCAAGGAACCGCUUGAUUGCUUCCCCCAGCACUUCUACCAGAAGUGUAGCUGUAUCAAUCGUUGCCUUGCCACUGAUCUCGGUAAGAAGUGGAUAAGGAUUCGUACGGUCGUCCUGUCUGUCGUGGACACGCCCGCUUUCGAAUGGAUGAUUCUAGUUUUAAUUUUCGCAUCUUCCAUAACGCUGUGCUUCGAGGAUAUCUACUUAGACGACAAUCCUUUUUUGAAGAAAAUUCUCUAUUGGACCAAUCUUGGCUUCUGCGCACUUUUCAGCGUCGAGAUGCUUCUGAAAUGGCUAGCCCUAGGCUUCUGUAAAUACUUCACCAGUUUCUGGACAAUCCUGGAUUUUAUAAUCGUUUUCGUAUCCAUGUUUAGCCUUUUGAUAGAAGAAAACGAGAACCUUAAAGUAUUACGAUCACUGAGGACACUACGCGCCCUGAGGCCGCUGAGGGCUAUCUCGCGAUGGCAAGGCAUGAGGAUCGUAGUGAACGCGUUGAUGUAUGCGAUACCUAGUAUAUUCAACGUGCUCCUCGUCUGUCUCGUGUUCUGGCUUAUUUUUUCGAUAAUGGGCGUCCAAUUCUUCGGCGGCAAGUUCUUCAAGUGCAUCAACGAGAAUGGGGAGAAGCUAGAUAUUUCGGAGGUGAACACCAAGGAUGAGUGUUUCAGCAAGAACUACUCUUGGCAGAAUAGCAAAAUCACUUUCGAUCACGUUGGCAUCGCUUAUCUGGCUUUGUUUCAAGUGGCGACCUUCGAGGGUUGGAUGGAAGUGAUGGAGGAUGCUGUGGACGCGAGGGGGGUGGAUCUACAGCCGCAGAGAGAGGCGAAUCUGUCCGCCUACCUCUACUUCGUUAUAUUUAUCGUCUGCGGUUCAUUCUUCACGCUCAAUCUCUUCAUUGGAGUGAUUAUAGACAAUUUCAACAUGCUGAAGAAAAAGUACGAAGGUGGGGUGUUAGAAAUGUUUUUGACCGAGAGUCAAAAACACUACUACACUGCCAUGAAAAAACUCGGCCGUAAAAAGCCGCAAAAAGUUAUAAAACGUCCGCUGAAUCAAUUCCUCGCAAUGUUCUACGACCUGUCCAAUUCUCGCAGAUUUGAAAUAGCUAUCUUCGUUUUGAUAUUCCUCAACAUGCUGACGAUGGGAAUCGAGCACUACAAUCAGCCACAUCCCAUCUUCUUCGUCCUCGAAGUGUCGAACGCGUUCUUCACGACUGUUUUCGGUCUGGAGGCGAUCGUCAAGAUUGUCGGUUUACGUUAUCAUUACUUCACGGUGCCGUGGAAUCUGUUUGACUUCCUGCUCGUGCUGGCAUCCAUUCUGGGUAUUCUGAUGGAAGACAUUAUGAUAGAUUUCCCUGUGUCCCCGACGCUCUUGCGAGUCGUGAGGGUGUUCAGAAUCGGUAGAAUCUUGAGGCUCAUCAAAGCUGCGAAAGGUAUCCGCAAGCUGCUCUUUGCUCUUGUCGUCAGUCUUCCAGCGCUCUUCAACAUCGGGGCUCUGCUAGCCUUGAUCACGUUUAUCUACGCCAUCAUCGGCAUGUCUGUUUUCGGACAUGUCAAGAAAACGGGCGCAUUGGACGAUAUGGUGAACUUUGAAACCUUCGGUAGAAGUAUGCAGCUGCUGUUUCGUUUAAUGACUUCGGCUGGAUGGAAUGACGUGUUGGAGUCGUUGAUGGUACAACCACCUAAUUGCGAUCCCACCCCGAAUAGCCGGCAGAUGAACGGAGAUUGCGGAUACCCCUUGCUAGCGAUCACGUACUUCACAUCAUUUAUCAUCAUUAGCUAUAUGAUAGUCAUCAACAUGUACAUUGCCAUCAUCUUGGAGAAUUUCAAUCAAGCUCAUCAAGAGGAGGAGAUCGGUAUCGUCGAAGAUGACUUAGAGAUGUUCUACAUCCGAUGGUCGAAGUACGAUCCGCAUGCAACGCAAUUUAUCAGCUUCUCGCAGUUGAGCGACUUUAUAGCGAGCCUGGACCCGCCGCUGGGGAUAUCAAAGCCCAACGUGGUAGCGUUGGUCAGCUUUAAUCUUCCCAUCGCAAAGGGUAAUAAGAUUCAUUGUCUGGACAUCCUGCACUCGCUCGUCAAGCACGUUCUUGGGCACGUCGAGGAAUCGGACGACUUCAGGAAGCUGCAGGAACAGAUGGACGUCAAGUUCAAGAAGCAGUUUCCGACUAGGAAAGAGUUGGAGAUAGUGUCUUCCACUAGAAUCUGGAAGCGGCAAGACAAAGCUGCCAGGUUGAUUCAACGUACUAUAAAGGAGUACAUUGCGAUGAAGAGAGAGCGCGAGAGAAUCGCUCAGGAGGUGGAUUCACAGACGCAAACCUCGAGUCCGGGUGGCGUGGAUGGUAGGGGCGGGGGUGGAUGGAGCGGUAAGCUGUCAGCCCUGCUGCAUGUGCACCGGGGUAGCCGGGCCAGUAGUCGCAAGUCCUCCAGGGCCAGCGACGCCAGCGAUCUCAGCGAACUCGGCACCGCUUCGGCGUGGCUGUUCCCGAAUCUUCCUCUGCUGUUGCUCUCCGGCGCCACCGGAACCCACGAGGACCUGCAACCCCCGGCACUGACCGUGUCCCGUCCUUCACCAACCGCCGAUCAACCUUCCGCUGCCUCCAGCUCCGGCUCGGAUUCUCACGCUACAAUCAGAUCGCUGGGCCGGCAGGACGCAGUGGAGAAGUAUCCGGAGGAGGAUGUGCUCAGCCCGCCGACCUCGAAGCGUAGCUCCCUGCGGCCUAGCGGUACCACCCUCUCGCUAAACACGCUGCAGCGGGACAUCAAAGAGGCGUUCAACCGGCGAUGCGGCAGCCUGAGACGGCGGGCACCGCCGGCGGAGCCGGUGCAGCUGCCGAUCGAGAGUAGCGACGUGAGUAUUCUGGUGACAGAGCCCAGCCCGGAAAACACGGCUCCGCCUUCGAGACCGCCGCUGAUCAGACAGCAGUCGGAGGCGACGGUGGUGCACGUGUUGGUGCACAGGGAAAGCGAGGAGUACCAGGACACACCGGACGACAGCUGAUCCCAGUCGACGGUCACCACGCCGGACAGCGACAGCGGCGCGACUCAGUGAUAAUACAUACGUAGAACGUAUAUUAUAUACAUAUAUGUAGAGACUUUUCACACAGAUCUAAUUCUAGAUAGGGCGAUAAUCCGCAUGGCUUUUCCGGGGCGAAUCUCCUCAAGGACGAAGAGCGUAUAUUGCGUUGUGCGUGUGAAUGUAUGCGAGUGCGUAUGCGUCGUCGAAGUGUCGGAUGAGAACGUUGUAUGUUUGGCGAUGGUUCUUGACCAAUUCGAAGAGAAGAGAAAUUAAAGGAUGGUCGUAGGAUCUUUGUUGAUUUGAUAACUGCUUAUUCAGAUAACCAUUCUGCUAAGUCGCGCGAGAAAAACAGGAAGGAAAACAGGAAGGUAGAUGGAGAAUUGUUCUCUUUGUCUUUUUUCUGGAGAAGAGUUUUAAAAACGAAGAAUGUCUUGGUAUUUCAAAGAUUCGGCGAACGGCUCCGGGAUUCUCGGGAGCUGGUUUUCACGAGGCACAUAUAGUAUAUACGAUAAAACAUACGUCAAUUAAAAAUUAUACAUACACACGUACGAGAGAGA